AUGACCUCGAGUUCGCCACCGCGCACGACGAAGAACUGGUGGCAGAGCAAUCGGAAGGUGGGUCUUCUUCUCCUCUAAACUCUGUUGUCUGUGCCUUCCUUGGCGACCUGAUGGUCGCCCUAAGCCGCAGUCUGCGCUUCUCGCCUUCUCUCAGAUCGCCGCCAAGUAUGUCGAGGAUUCCCGAGCUUUAAUGGCGACGGGGGAGCUGUCCAACGCGUCGUCGGCUCUCUCUCUCCUGGAGUCGGCGCUGGCCCUGCAUCCUCUCUCCGAGGCGGCACUGGAGCUCAAGGCCCGCUGUCUCCUCCGCCUCCGCCGCUUCCGCGACGUGGCGGAGCUGCUCCGAGACCACAUCCCCAGCUUCCAAGCGAGCUCGCAGGCCAGCAAGUCGUCGUCUUCCACCUCACCAUCGCCGGAUACCUCCAAGAUCCGGUGCUUCUCCUUCCUGGAGCUGAGGAAGAAGGUGGCGGCCGGUCUCUGCAGAAGUAGCGGCGAUGGAGGAGAAGUAGGCCACUGGAGGUACACUGUGCUCGGCCAGGCCUGCUUCCACCUGGGAAUGCUGGAGGACGCCAUGGCUCUGCUACAGACUGGCCGACGCCUUGCCGCCGCCGCAUCCCGGCGAGAGAGCCGCCGCCGCUCCGACGACAAGCUCCCCUUCUCCGACCCUUCGUCGUCCCCUUCCUCUCUAGCGCCGGCGGAGCUGGCCCACAUUAGGUUCCUCCUCCGGCGCCGCGCCGCCGCCCUCGCGGCCCUCGCGGCCGGCCAUCCCGGCGAGUCCCUCCGCCACUUCUCCAAGAUCCUCGACGGCCGCCGGGGGACCCCCUGCGCCUUCGCCGCCGGCUGCCUGCUCGGACGCGCUGCCGCCCACGGCGCCGCCGCGCGCACCGCCGAGGCCCUCGCCGACUGCAACCGCGCGCUUGCCCUCGACCCCUCGUCCAUCCCGGCGCUGCGCCUCCGCGCGGACCUCCUCGAGGGUGCCGGCUGCCUUGCUGAGUGCCUUCGCGACCUCGACCACCUGAAGCUCCUCUACGGCGCGUCCUUCCACCGCGGAGAGCUCGCCGCUGGCGAGCUGGAGGCGCUCGCCGCGCGGAUCCAGGCGCUGCGGCGGCGUGCUGGUGGUGCCGCCGGCGCGGCGGACAACCACAUGCUGAUGGGCGUGCGGAGGGGCUGCUCGCGGCAGGAGCUGGAGAGGGCGCACCGCCUCCUGUCGCUCAGGAACCGGCCGGAGCGGGCGGCGGCGUUCGUCGACCGGGUGGAGUUCGCCGGCGAGCACCGGGACCUGGAGUCUGUGCGGGAGCAGGCGAGGAUGUCCGCCAUGCUCUUGUGCCGGCAGCUCCAGAAGGCGUACGCCAGCAUCAUGGCGGAGGUCAUGGCGGAGGAGCAGGCGGAGGCGGGGAGGAAGCAGCAGCAGCUCGAUGCCGCUGUGGCGGCGACGGAGCGGGAAGACGGCGUGGGGUGUGGUGGGUUCACUGAGAAUGAGGCGGAGCGGAGAACUCCGCCGGAGUUUGGAAUCGUGGGGAGAGUGCCGCUGCCGGAGACAAAGGCAGCUGCUGCGGCGGCGGUGGUUGCUUCUGUCUUCCAGGGGGUCUUUUGCCGGGACUUGGCCAUCGUCGGGAACCUUCUCUCUCAAGCCGCUGUGAACAGGACGAUUCCUGUUAAAUACGAGGCUCUCAGCUGCUGA